GAUGAUUUUAGACUUGUUUUAGUGUUGAGCCUUUCAAAAUGAAUGUCAUUCAACAAUUUAUUAUCAUUUACAAGCGCCACUUGUACUGACUGAACAGAACGUCUUCAGCAAGUUGAAUGGCUCAUGCGAUAGAAUACAAGCAUCAUCUGUCAAUUGUAGAAUAAAAAAAAAAUACCGUAAUUUACAAUUCCUUUCACCGUUUUGGGUCACAUGCUUCUAUGACCGAGGAUGCAUGAGGACGAUGCAGAAGAGGGCAAGGAGACUUUUUCCGUCAAACUAAGGAGCGCUGGACUGGAAGAUGAAUGGAGACCUUCGGCAGGUGGGCAACAGCCGGAGGAGUCCAGCGAAGACGAGUUGGGCCGACUGGACAUCGAUUUGGACAGAAAGUCCAGACAACUCAACUUGACGUCCGGCAACGUGCGCACCAUCUUGCAUGAGGUGAUUACUCACGAACGUGUGGUGGACAUGAUGAAAGCUGCCAUCAGAGCCACCCAGGACAUGCCCAUGUUUGAGCCGAAGAUGACACGCGCAAGAUUGAAGAGGGCCAUCCAACAGGGACAGUGUCCCGACUGGAAUUUUUCUGCAGAACAAAAUAUGCCGCAUCCUCAGUUUGUCGACAUCCAUCUCGACGCCGACGAAGACUCGUCAGAUGAAGAGUACUGCCCUGAAGACGAAGAUGACGAUGACACGGCUGAAGAGACUUUCCUCAGUGAUGGUGACAUCAUUUCGCCUGACAAAAUUCAACACUCUGACUCCAACUCCCAGCGGCACUCGAUGCCCGCCGUCCUCCAGCUCACAGAUGCCGCCGGCCCCUCCUUCCUGGAAUGCCUGAACGCUGUGGAGGAGGAACUCAACUGCGGUCCCGCCUACUCUUCCUUGUCGUCUCACGGUGCAGGCGAGGAGAAAGAGGAGGAAGAGGAGAAGGAUGAAGGAUCUAGCGGGUUGGCGUUCCGCACGCGUUCCAAACUUCCCCUGGUCGACGUGCCCCUGGAGCAACUGGAGGCGGAGCUUCUGGCUCCUGACAUCACAGCCGACAUGUAUGAGCAAAGCUCCGCCCGCAAGGAGGAAGAUUGCCAUUGGGCACGCUGGCUGCAUGGACUCAUGGCGGCCGACAACGGAGAGGAAGCCGACGACGAUGACGACCCGGAGUAUAACUUCUUGGACGACCUGGAUGAACCUGACCUGGAGGACUACAGGACAGACCGAGCUGUUCAGAUCACCAAGAGGGAGGUCAGCGAGCUACUGGAGGAGCUCUUUGACACGCUCCAGGAUGACCAACCAGAAGAAGAGGAGGAUGAGGAGGAGGAGCAUCCAGCUGAGGGGGAGGAGCUAAAAGCCAGCCCCAACUUCAAUGUCCCUCAACCUUUGUGCUUGGAGCCACCGUUAGCCGGUAUGCUAACCGCGCGGAAGCGAGCUGUCCGUGAACAAUUCCCGGCCGUGCAGCAAAGGAGAGCCCUGCAGGACACCACCAACCGUCCGUGGCCUUCACCCGGACAUGUUACCUGGCUGCUUCCCAGCUCACUGUGCCCCUCCUCUGCGCACAAACUGCAACUGCAACAGCAAAUCCAGCAGCAUGUGCAGCUUCUGACUCAAGUUCAUCUGCUGAGUCGCGGCGUCGGCGUCCUGAAACAUGAAGCGUUUGUCACCAAACACUUCCUGGAGGAGCUGCAGCGUUUUGCCAUUCGGCAGGAGCAGCUCUUCCGUGCCUCGUCUUUCCGGGCGUGCAACCUGCAGGGUGCUCUGGAUCUUCUUCAGGAGAUCGAGCGGAGAGUGGACCUUCCUCCCCCCGCACCUCCCUCGUCCAGGCGCUGGCUCCCCAUCAUGUCUUCGUCCACCAUUAGCCACGCCUUCCCUGUAUUGCCCUCCGAGACCGCCUGGUUGCUUGCCACACGACCCGUCUUUCUCUACCCGGAACUACUUCCUGUUUGCAGCCUGGAUCCUUCCCACCACACACGAACCUGUCGCAGUAUUUUUACUGCAGGAGAGGAUGGGCUGAUUGUUUUAGGUCUGAAGCACUUUGAGGGAACCGCCCACCCAGAGCAUUUGAUCAGCUCCUACCUGCUCUGCAAGAGUGCUUGGAAGUUGACAAAACACAUCCGAGAGAUGAGCAGCUACAGGGCGCCGCGUGAAAAUGUUCUCAAGAUGUUCCUUGCCCGGCAGCUCGUGGCCCCCUCGGCAUUGCCUUGUGCUCGAGUGCAACCUGAAGACCAGCGCCCCCCGGUGGAGAGAGACACCUCCAUCAUGCCAGAUUGGCUCAAGAAUAGCCAGGAGGUCAUCCAGAAGACACAAAUGAACACCCGUUCUCCGUGCUACCCUCGCUUCCUUCCCAGAGGCUGCAAUCUGAGACUUUACCCCUCCCGCCUCAAAACGUCCUCACGCCCACGCCCACCCGUACGCUCCCAGAGACGUCUUUUCACCCUGGCCCAUAACGCAUCUCUGCAACCCAUCUGCCCGGCAGAACAAAAAACUGAGCCGAACGUGUGCACGACAAGUGCCGCCAUGUCUUGCGCGGAUGAUCCACUCAAAGCCAGCUACUUCGACUACAACGCGUCGCAAUUUCUCCCCUGUGUGACACUGCGGCCCGAACCCGCCGGAGAUUGCACCGCAACAGUAGAAGCUCACCGGCCAGAGGAUGAACACAACACGCGCUAUGAAAAGACAUCCGACUGUCAACAAGCAGGACGCCGUUUGACCACUGCGGGGGAGGAAGGGCGAAAGCCGCCGGACGAGGAGGGGCCCGGAGUAGAAGAAGCACAAGGGGAGGAUGAGGAGCAGGGAGGAGAGGAAGAAGGACAAGGACAGGAAGAUGGUCGGGACGGAGAAGAGGCAGGACAAGGAGAGGGAGAGGAGCAAGGAGGAGAGGAAGAAGGACAAGGAGAGGAAGGGGAGCAAGGAGACGGAGAGAAAGAUGAAGAGCAAGAAAAGCAGCAGGAGGAGGAGGAGGACGAAGAGGAGGAGGAUGAAGAUUUUGAUGAGCUGACGCAGGAUGAAGACGAGGAGGAGGCCAUGUCGUCGGCGUCAGAAGAGUCUCUUCUGUCCAUCCCGGAGCUGCAGGAGACCAUGAAGCAGCUGGCCUGGCUGGCAUCCCGGAGGAGGCUGGGCGCCGACGCCGAGUCGGAGGAGGACCACUCGCCCACCUCGCCCGGAUCGCAGGAGGAAGAAGAGGAAGAGGAAGAGGCGCCCAAAGGAGGCGAGGCCGGCGGGAGGACGGCGACGGCGGUGUCGGAGGACGACGAUGCGGCCAACGCCGGCGAGGAAGAAGCACCCCGAGGAGGACGAAGAGGAGGAAAGAGACGAGGAAGAGGUCAGCAGAGCCGAGCUCUCGGAGGGCCGCGUCGAACUCGUCAGGAGCGUCACAAGAAAGACGAGAGCAAAGCGAGUCUGCUCUACGAUGAAAACAUGCUGGAGAACGACCCUCAGCGCCAAAGCAAAGAUGUGGCCUUUGCUCAGAGUUACCUCAACAGGGUUCGGGAGGCGCUGCACGAUGUCCCAGGGAAGAUGGAGGAGUUUGUGUCGCUGCUGAACGACUUGGAGCGGCUGGAAGGACAGGAAGUGCUCGGCGUCUUCAGGAAACUACGCUGCAUCCUGGGAAACCGGACGGACUUGACGCGGGACUUUGCUGCCUUCCUGCAUCCGGAACAGGCCCUGGAGUGCGGACUGUUCCAAGAGCAACAAGCCUUCGAGCGCAGUCGACGCUUCUUGCGACAACUGGAGAUCACGUUCGGAGAUAAUCCGUCUCACUACAGCAAGAUCAUCAAGGCUUUGCAACCCGGACCGCACCUCAGUCCCACCGACAUCGACGAGCUCAAAGCUCAAAUGGCCACGCUGCUCAAAGGACACCCUCAUCUGCAAGCGGAGUUCUGGGUGUUUUUCGACGAGCUCCGCCCACCGCCGGCUCGCCCGGGACAAUUCGAAGAAGCUCAUUGGCCGGAGGAAGGCGGAGGCGGAACAGAAGGAAGUGAGGGCAGAGGCCGCGUGAAUGCAGGGGUGGCCCAUGGCGCUUUUGAGGAAGUCACCUUACCGGAUGUGGACGAGGACGGACACAAGAUGGAUGCCGCCAUGAGCCGGCGCCAGAGGAGGAAGCUGCGGUCGCGUGUAGCCGACGAGGGAUCCGAUUGGCUCUGCCUUUGUCGCCACUCCAAGAGCCGCGCGCACCGUCGCAGAGGAUGCGCCCGCUGCCACGGCAAUAAGGGUUCAGGGGGCGUGUCCAGAGCCAUGAAGAGUCUAGACCCGCUCGACACUCCGACAGGCUUAGCCUUGGAAGACAAAGGUGGCGAGUCAAAGGUCGCCAACUGUGCACGUACCGGCGCACCGUCAUGGGAACGCUCGUUCCCAUCGGCUGACGACGAAGAAGCGGAUGACGGCAACAAGGCGGAGUCACCUCCUUCCAAGAGGAAAAGGGAAGAAGAGCUCCAUCCUCCCUCCUUGGCCUCCUCCUGCAUCGCCCCCUUACCUCAGGACCUCCCCGUGUGCGCCAAAAACAUUUCUGUGACGCCGAGCGGAGAGAAAGUGAUCCUGUGGACCAGGGAAGCGGAUCGGGUUAUUUUGACCACAUGUCGGCAGGAAGGAGCCAAUCACAACACCUUCCAGGGCAUCUCCAGUCUACUCGGCAACAAGACUCCCGGGGAGGUUUCUCGGCGCUUUCGGGAUUUAAUGCGUCUUUUUCAGAGCGCUGCUCGUCACGCUGGCUCAGACGAUGAGGCUCCGCCCUCUGAACUUGAGGCCAUUGAAGAUCAGGGCUGAUCUUUUUGCCAUGUGUCAUACUGUUUCCUGUAAAUAAUUGUAAAUAAUUCUCUGCUCGCUAUUGAAAGGUUUGAUGAGAAUAAAAUAAGAUUUGUUUUGUUUC